GUGGAGACGUCUUACCGAGGAAUUACGUGUUCCUGUUAGAUCUCAGCCCAGGGAAGGACGGGGAUAAACAAUUCGUUUAUAUAAGAUGAAUGCACGACCAACUUUUAUCUCAGAUACUUGAGUUAUUGAAACUGUGACAGUCCGGAGAAGAACCGAGAACUGGGUGUACACUUAUUUACGAACCGUAGCAGUCUUUAUGUGAUCUGCAGGAGCUAUUGCUACGAUGAAAGCUUGGAAGAGACAAUCCAUUGCUGUUGUUUAUAGUGUGAUCAUGUCACUCCCUGUCGUGUGGGGCGAGGCGUUCUUCCUCAAUCGGGACCACAGCGAUCUGGAGCAGUAUGUCCACGAGGAGAACUACAAGGUCAAGUCUAUGGAGGAGGCGGAGGUAAUGCUAGAAAAAUAUGGCUACAUACAGGGCUGCCACGUAAGCGGCCGGAAUCGGCGGAACGCGCCGGGUGGGUUGUUCAACAUUGUUGAGCUUGAAGACCCAAAGAAACGCGAUGAUUGCUCCGAUGAUAGAAUCCGAGACUCGUUAAUCGAGUAUCAAAAGCGUUUCGGCCUACCACAAACGGGGAAAUUUGACGAGGCAACGCAAAAGCUUAUGAACGCAAAGCGAUGUGGCAACAAAGACGAGGGAGAACUCCCGAUAAGUAACAAGACAAAAACAACAGAGUCGCCUAGAACGACAACAGACAGUACGCAUACAACACAAACAGCGAAAAAAAGUAGAACUGUGAGGUCAGUGAACUCGCUUUUGCCUAAAGAGGCACCUUCAGAGCCAAAUGGCCGGACUGGCAUACUAGCCAAAAUCUUUCCGCAGACUAGUCAAACACCUUUAAAACGACGGAGACGGCAAUUAGAAGAAUUCAAGGAGGUAUUACGAACUGGGAAGGAGUCUGUUAAUGUUGUCAGAAAUCCGGCAGACGCGGUGAAAGUCCGCAAGAGGCGAUCGCCGAUCAUGAACACGCAGCAACAGGGCAGUGUGUUUAGUAAGACGAUAGUUACGUGGCGAUUGCUCUCAUCCGGGUACAGCACAAAAAUGUCUAUCAUCGACCAGAUCGCCGUGCUCCGCCUGGCUUUCAGAAUGUGGAGCGAGGUUAUACCCUUACAGUUUAUCCUUGAUACCAAUGGUCAUGUUCGCGACGUGGACAUCGAGAUAGCGUUCGGAAAGUCUAUCCAUCUCAGCUGUAACCACCCGUUCGAUGGCCCUGCCGGGGAAGUGGCCCAUUCCUGGGUGACUGGUGACAUCCACUUCGACGACGAGGAAGACUACAAGGUCGAUGAUGUCGAUGGAGUCCAAUUGCUGAAGGUGGCCGUCCACGAAAUAGGACAUGUGCUCGGUCUGAGUCACAUCCUAUCCAGGACGUAUUCCAUCAUGUUCCCCGUCUACCCCUCGGGGAAUAAUAAGGACUUUGAGCUUGGUUGGGAAGACAGGAAGGAGGUUCAAAAAUUCUACGGCCAAUGUGGAGGCAAGUUCAACACCAUCUUUGACUGGGUAAGGAGAAUGCCCGACUACAGUAUGGUCUACAACACCUACUUCUUCCGCGAUGGCAAGUACUGGAUGUAUGAGAAUAGCGCCAACCGAACCCGCUAUGGGGACCCGCUCAAUGUCGUCAGCAACUGGAAAGGUGUCCCGGACAAACUUGACGGCUAUGCGCACGUCUACAUUGCCAGCUUCUUUGACCAACAAACUAUCAGUAACCAGUAUUUCUUCAGUGGCGAACAAUACUAUUUAUACAGCGCAGACUCCGAUGGCGUGGAACAAGGUUGGCCCAAAAAGAUAGCUGAUGACUUCAAAGCGAAACCUGGACAAACCGAACGAAUCCCUGACAACAUCGAUACGGUGUACUUCGAUUACCGCGACCAAAAUUACUACUUUUUCAAGGGAGAAUGGGUGUAUGUCUACAAACCAUUUAGUGAUGGCUGUUGUGAACGGAAGACCAAGAUCCAAACUGAGUUUCCGGGGCUGACGACGGGGGACACGCUUCCGAGCAACCUCGAUGCUGUCUACUUCUCUUUCAAAGACGCCUCGGUGUACUUUGUGAAAGACGGUGAUUUGUGGAUAAACAAGUUAUACAGCUUCAGCGGAAGCAUGAAAAACGGCAUCAAGAAAGUUGGCAAAUGGUGGGAGAAGUGGUUCGAUAUAUGCGAAGUUGAGUGAAAGCACACGACAAAUGCUGCUGGCGUUUUAUUCACAUAUUGAUGACGUCGUUGAAAAGUGUUGCAAUGACCGGAAAUCAAUCACAUGAUUUGGACGACGACGUUUCGAUGUCGCUCCUUUUCUUAUGUCGGACGUUUCAAAGAGCUAAGUGCAGUUCAGUUUAAGUCGGCCUCGUUCGGAGGAAGUUUGUGCUUGUCUCUGAUUGGACCGUUCUGAUGAUGUAGCUACUCUGACGAUAUUUAAACCGGUGUUCUUUCCCUAUGAAGUGGCGACGGAUUGACCAGGUCAGAUGGACAAAAGCGACAUUUUUGAGUCAGAUUAUUUUAUUUUUCUACUAGGCGCGCAGGAUUUGUAGAAUGAGGGGAGAAUAUGGAGCCUAUUCAGUAGUUGGCAGGUCCAAUACUUCAAUUGGUUCAGCGGAUGAACCAAAUUGUCUUGAGUAUCUUAAUCCUGUGCUUCUGAAAUGAAGGGACGAUCGUUUUACCAAGAAACAGGAACAAUGGCUGGAUUUCAAAAUUUGUGACGUUGCACUCACGUGAUCUGUGACAGCGCGAUCACGUGAUCGGAAAUGUCCUGCUUUGUUUGGGACUCCAUUUGCAAUGGUUGCUGGCAAUCAGAAAUGAUGAGUUCAUUUCACUGAAAGAUAUUUGGAACUUAGAAAAAUGACGCUGGAUUCUUCUUGUGAUAAACCUGCUGAGUUGGAACAAUGACACUUGUGUUAAAGGCUUUAUUAGGUAUUAAAGCUUAGUGAAGCGAAUUGAGCACCAGACUUUGGCAUUUAUGCAUGAUGACUGACCCGCACAAAAAAAUGUACAAAAAUUAUGUGGAUAUUUGGCGCGCUGUAUUGGAUCCGUCGCCAAAUUGUUAGAAUAUGUUAUGUCUGAUCAUGUGUAAUUGUAUAUAACAUCACAAACGGAAAUCUCAUCGAGCUAGUAAAGCCAGCCGCACAUUAUCAAAUUUUUCAUUUACUUUUCUCAGUGAGAAUACGGAAUCAGGGCAUUGGGCUUGAAUAAGACCUGAAUCUGCAUGCUUAGAAAAUUAGGCGAAGAAGGUGGUCUUGUGCGGCGAGUAAUAGGGUUGUGUGUGAAUUUAUUGGUAUUGUUCUUAUAUAUAUUAUGAUCAUACUGCUCUACGUGUGGUCUAACUUUAUUUUAUAAUACUUUACAUGGAGAUGAAUUUCAAGAACAGUGUAUCACUUCAUGUCCUUCAUCACAUAGAGAUAUGAAUCUUUUAUUUCAAAACCGCGUUCAUUCAGUGUGUAUACCAACUGGAUAUACCCCCCAUUGUCUUUUACAUUUUUUUAGACAAUGUGUCAAUUGAUCAUGGACCUCAAUGCAUGCAAAACACCAUCGAAGUUUUCAUCAAAGGUUAAUGAAUGCAUGCGGAAUACCAUCAACGUUUUCAUCAAAGGUUUCUAAAAUGCUGAUUCAAGGCCAGUGGCUUGAAACUAUUGGCCCACACGUAAAGGUUUUUAUGGUGUCGCGGCAAAUGUUAAAGUCAGAAAUCACGAACUAUUCAUUAAUAAGCAUAAUUUAUUUCAAUAUCACUGAGGACUGGUUAAAAUUCUUAAUCUUGUGUUUUGCGGAGGUCUCGACCAUUUUCAAAUGCAUCAAUGAAUUUGAAUCUCAUAUUUAAUCGCCCUUCAGCAAUCAGUUUCUGUUAGAAAAGACGAAUUUUUCAAAGAAUACGAAUUUUUCAAAGACUUCAUAAAACAAAUUUAUAUCAAAAAGGGAAAUAUUUUCAAAAAGUACAAAUUCAUUGAAAGAAAAUAAAAAAGUUAACUCCUCAGAUGAGAAGUUUUAUCAGUCUCUCUUUGGUCUCAGCGAAAGCAUUUCUAAACGCAUAUCACCAUUCAUUCAUGAUUAAAACAGUUUCGAGCUUGAGUUGGAUCCAGUUGUAGUUUGAGUUCGAUCCAGGUGGAUCAAAGUCGAACUCGGAUGCAAAUC